AUGGACGAGAUUAAGACGCCGCUUGCCCCCGAGGAAUUACGCGUGCUCCGCAACCAGCUCGAGCUGGAACUGCCGCCGCUGGCCCAGUCCCAAUUCAACUACGCCUGGGGUCUCCUCCGGCUGGCGAGCCCCCGCCAGGUGCUGGACGGGGUGACGAUGCUUGAAGAACUUUACCGCAACGAGCCGGGGAUGCGCCGCGAAGUGUUAUACUACUUGGCGUUGGGCCUGUUCAAACAGGGCGACUACGGUAAUGCCCGGCGGUACACGGAACAGUUGCUUAAGAUCGAGCCCGACAACGGCCAGGCGAAGCAUUUGCUCGAAGAGAUCGAGGCUAAAGUGACUAAAGACGGGUUAAUUGGUUUGAGUAUGGGCGUGGGUGCCUUAGCCGUGGGGGUGGGUAUCUUGGCCGGAGUCCUCGGUGGUCGCCGCAAACGGUAA